AUGGAAGAAAGAAAAAAUUGGAGGUUUGUGAAACAAGUUGUGGAAGGACGAUGGUUUACCAUAUUUGCAUCGUUUCUUGUCAUGAUUGGCUGCGGUUCACCUUACUUGUUUGGAACAUACUCCAAACUUUUGAAGACCAAAUUUAAUUACAAUCAAACUCAACUCAACACCUUAGGCUUUGCUAAAGACCUCGGUUCUAACCUUGGAGUUUUUGCCGGACUUUUUGCCGAGGUUGCUCCCCCAUGGUUGCUUUUCCUUAUAGGCUUAACCCUAAACUUCUUCAGCUACUUCAUGAUAUGGCUCUCUGUUACUGACUAUGUUCCAAAGCCUGAACUGUGGCUAAUGUUUUUUUACAUCUACAUUUCAGCUAAUGCACAAAACUUUCCCAACACCGUUGUUAUGGUCACAAAUGUUAGAAACUUUCCUGAUCAAAGAGGCAUUAUUUUAGGCCUUCUCAAGGGCUUCGUGGGCCUUGGUGGAGCCAUUUUUACUCAGAUCUAUUAUAGCAUUUAUGGUAACUUAGAUCCUAGCCAUCUUGUUCUUCUUCUUUCAUGGCUACCCUCCACUGUAUAUUUCUUGGUUUUUCUUUCAAUUAGAAUCAUCCAAGCUCCCAAGUACCCCCAUGAACGCAAAGUGUUUUACCACUUUCUUUACAUAGCCAUAACAAUAGCAAUUUUCAUCUUGUUUCUCACCAUAACACAACGAAACACCGUCUUCUCUCACGGUAACUACAUCGGUGGAGUCGUUGUCAUUGUCGUCUUAAUCUCUCUCCCUCUUUUAAUCGCAAUUAAAGAAGAGUUUUUUCUCUUCAAACUCAACCAACAAACCAAAGAUCCUUCAGUUGUUUCAAUUCCUGUUCAAAAACUCGAGGAAAUUCCCGAAACUUCUUUGCCAUUGUCUCUGUCGAACAAUUUAUCUAACCCCCAAAGAGGGGAAGAUUUCAGUAUCUUGCAAGCUUUGUUUAGCAUAGAUAUGACACUUAUUUUCAUAGCAACAAUUUCAGCUUGUGGUUCAUCGGUUGCUGCCAUUGACAAUCUUGGCCAGAUCGCCGAGUCACUUGACUAUCCGCCACAAUCCGUAAGCGUCUUUGUUUCAUGGAUUUCCAUUUUCAAUUUCUUCGGUCGGGUUUGCUCCGGUUUUGUCUCUGAAUAUUUUAUGUCCAAACACAAAUUACCUCGUCCUCUUUUCUUUGGCCUUAGCCAGCUUCUUACCUGCAUUGGAUUGCUCUUCAUUGCCUUUCCUCAUGCAAAAUCAGUGUAUGUAGCUUCAUUGAUUAUUGGGUUUGGAUUUGGAGCUCAAACUCCAUUGCUAUUUACCUUAAUCUCUGAUCUCUUUGGCCUAAAACAUUUCUCCACACUUCUCAAUUGUGGGCAAUUGGCAGUCCCAUUUGGAUCUUAUCUAAUGAAUGUUCAUGUAGUAGGGAGGUUUUAUGAUAUGGAAGCAAUUAGAAUUGGUAAUGUGAAGAACGGGAAGGGUUUAACUUGCAAGGGAGCUCAUUGUUUCAGUGAAUCUUUCAUAAUUUUGGUUGGAGUGACAACGUUUGGUGCCAUGGCUUCGUUUGUGUUGGCUUAUAGGACUCGAGAGUUUUAUAAAGGGGAUAUAUAUAAGAGAUAUAGAGAUGAGCAAAUGUGGGUUAAACUAAAGGACGAUCAACACACAAAGAAAGUUGAUGAUGGAAGCAAAUAA